AUGGCUCGAAUUCACUGCGCUAAUGCGCAGUCGACUGCCAAUUCUUUUAUUCAACUUGCACGACGAAGCUACACAACGACGACCCAGACCUCAACGCCUCUCGAGUUCCUUAUUCCACGAUGCAUUCCCCCAUCUCGACUACGAACCCCUCAAAUCACCAUUACACAAUCCAGAACAUAUUUUCACCAGAGACGAUCUCUGGACUUCAAGUCAAAGGAAACAGCCACGAGGCAAUUCUCGACUACUGCUAUCCGAGAGAAGACGCGGGCUAUACUGAAUCCCCAACAAGAUGAGGAUGGCAAUGAGAUGAUGCUGGAGAUAACUGAACGAGCUGCCAAGCGUCUCAACAAAAUUAUGGACAAGGACGGCAAUCCGAAUCUCGCUCUAAGAAUUCAAGUCGAGAGUGGUGGUUGCCAUGGCUUCCAAUAUCUCAUGAGCCUUGUUACUUUGCCAGCCAAGGACGCCGCCGAGUGGUCAUCCAUCGUGAACGAGGACGAUACGAUUUUCCAGUACAUCCCCGAUGACGCAGAUCCGGCCACAACCUCGGAAGAAGGCCCCAAGAUCAUUCUCGACGAGCCGUCUCUCGACCUUCUCAAGGGAAGCAAAGUCGACUUUACGAUGGAGUUGAUCGGCUCGCAGUUCAAGAUCAUUGAUAACCCACUUGCUACUAGUAGCUGUGGUUGUGGCACAAGCUUUGAUAUCAAGAUGUAG